UGUGCCUUUUGCAAAAACUUGAAACCCUUGGGUCCUUGCUUCUUUCUCAGUUCCUCAUUCCCUCGACUCUCCAUAGUCCACGCCUCCCUCUCUUAUCCUCACCGCCUCUCUGCCGACUCGGCGACUCGCUCUGCGGUUCUGCCUUCUCUCCUCUUCGUCCUUCUUGCUCCCUUUGCUCCAUCUUUCGUGGCUCGUGGCUUCGUGCUCCUCCAUUCGUUCUCCGACGUUGGCUUUCCGCCAUCGUCCUUUGUGUCUUGCGAUCGUAUUCUGGUUAAUUGCGGAAACAGGCUAGCCCAGCCCACCGGCAUUCUGAGAACUCUAUCGGGGGAGCUAUCUUUGCUGCUUGUAUCCGUUGCAUGUUAGCAUGGAUAUUGAAAGGUUCUCAUUCGCUGCUGCUAGUCCGCCGUUAUCGGUGAUCGUUGCUGCUAAGCUUGCUGAAAUUUCUCUUCCGAUCGAUACGUCACUACCCUCUGACUCUGCUCCGACGUUUCUCUUUUCCACUGGGCUAAAAUUGCAUGGAGCAUGUGUUCUUCUACGAUAUAUUGGGAGAGUUGCUAGCAUUCCCAAUUUCUACGGGAAAAAUGCAUUAGAAUCUGGCCAGAUUGAUGAAUGGCUGGAGUAUGCUCCUGUCUUUUCAUCAGGUUCUGCUUUUGAGAAUGCAUGCAAAUAUGUUGAUGAGUACUUGGAGAGGCGUACUUUUUUGGUUGGUCAUUCUUUAUCAGUGGCAGAUAUAGCAAUCUGGUCGAGUCUUGCUGGAGCUGGACAGAGAUGGGAAAGCUUGAGGAAAUCAAAAAAGUAUGUGAACCUUGUACGAUGGUUCAAUUCAAUAUUGACUGAACAUGGUGAAGCAUUGAACGAAAUCACAGCAACUUAUGUUGGCAAAAGGGGAUUGGGAAAGCCGGCAACUAAGUCGAAAGACCACCAAGUUACCAUGGAUAACAUGAAGAAUGUGAAUGGGGAUGUCUUUGAGAAGGCAAAAGCAGGAAGCAGGCCUUCGGUGGAAGUAGAUCUUCCAGAUGCUGAAAUUGGAAAAGUUCGCUUGAGGUUUGCACCAGAACCUAGUGGCUAUCUUCAUAUUGGACAUUCAAAAGCAGCUCUGUUGAACAAAUAUUUUGCUGAGAGAUAUCAAGGCCAAAUUAUUGUGCGAUUUGAUGACACUAAUCCUGCUAAAGAAAGCAAUGAAUUUGUGGACAACCUUCUGAAAGAUAUUGAUACAUUGGGUAUCAAAUAUGAAACUAUAACAUAUACAUCAGAUUACUUUGCUGAGCUAAUGGAAAUGGCUGAAAAAUUAAUUCGCGAGGGUAAAGCAUAUGUUGAUGACACUCCCCGUGAACAAAUGCAGAAGGAGAGGAUGGAUGGUAUAGAAUCAAAAUGUAGGAACAAUAGUGUAGAGGAGAAUCUGAAAUUGUGGAGGGAAAUGAUUGCUGGAACUGAGAGAGGCCUGCAGUGCUGUGUUCGUGGAAAGUUGGAUAUGCAGGAUUUAAACAAAUCACUGCGAGAUCCUGUUUAUUAUCGAUGCAAUCCAAUGCCUCAUCAUAGGAUUGGAUCCAAGUAUAAAGUGUACCCAACUUAUGAUUUUGCAUGUCCAUACGUUGAUGCUAGAGAAGGUAUUACACAUGCCCUUCGAUCUAGUGAAUACCAUGACCGCAAUGCUCAGUAUUACCGGAUUCAAGAAGACAUGGGGAUGAGAAAGGUUAACAUUUAUGAGUUCAGCCGAUUGAAUAUGGUGUAUACUCUUCUCAGUAAGCGCAAACUUCUGUGGUUUGUCCAAAAUGGACAGGUUGAUGGAUGGGAUGAUGCACGGUUUCCAACUGUGCAAGGGAUUGUGCGUAGAGGCUUGAAAAUUGAAGCAUUGAUACAGUUUAUCGUUGAGCAGGGCGGAUCUAAAAAUCUCAAUCUCAUGGAAUGGGACAAGCUCUGGACUAUUAAUAAGAAAAUAAUUGACCCGGUCUGUCCCAGACACACUGCUGUCAUUGCAGAGAAACGUGUGUUGUUGACCCUAACUGAUGGUCCGGAGAUGCCAUUUGUUCGCAUUAUACCUAGGCACAAGAAGUACGAAGAUGCUGGAGAAAAAGCAACGACAUAUACUAAUCGGAUAUGGAUAGACCAUGCUGACGCAGUGUCCAUAUCUGCGGGUGAAGAAGUGACGUUAAUGGAUUGGGGAAAUGCUAUAGUGAAGGAAAUAGAGAAGGACCAAGAGGGUAAUGUCACACGGUUGAGUGGUGUCUUGCAUCUUGAAGGAUCUGUGAAGACGACAAAAUUAAAACUUACUUGGCUACCUGAGAUAGAUGAACUAGUUAACCUCACAUUGGUUGACUUUGAUUACUUAAUUACGAAGAAAAAGCUUGAAGAAGGGGAGGAUUUCCUCGAUGUUCUUAACCCCUGUACAAAGAAGGAGACUGCAGCGUAUGGAGACUCAAACAUGAGAAAUUUAAAGCGUGGAGAAAUAUUGCAGCUGGAGAGGAAGGGAUAUUUCAGGUGUGAUGUGCCCUUCUUGCGUCCUUCAAAGCCUAUCGUGCUAUUUGCAAUCCCUGAUGGGAGGCAGCAGACAAAUUUGAAGUAAUCCUUUGUUAAAUGGGAGUCCUAAGGUUGUGGAAUCAUGUCAAUGUGAAUCUUUUGGGGCUCGGAGUUUGGGUUUAAUUCAUGGCUAAUCUCCUAAAUUGUGAAAGCUUACCCUAAAAUGACAAAUUUUGUUGUGAAGUUUAUUGGCACUACACUACAUUGUUAAUUUAUUGAAUGUUGUUUUGUAAAAUUAUUCCCAUGCCGAAUAUCUUCAUGUGUUGGAUGACAUAACAGAUUGAUGUGGAUUGGCAGUCUAACAAUUGUUACCAGCUGUAUAGCAUCAUGUAUAACCAUUAUUGCCCGUA